AUGCCCAUUCGCAACCCAUUUCGCCGCGCGGGCGGCCCUGAGCAGAGUGAUGAGGUGCAGCGGAGUACGGCGGAGAACGGCUUCAAGGACACGACGGUCUCGGGCGCAAAGCCCCUGCAGCUCAAGAACCCUGCAGAGUACAAGCUCAGUGACAUCAAUGAUAGUGGAGUCUACUUGCCUCCAUCACCGCAACAAGAGAAACCCACGUUUUGGCAUUCCAAGUCCAACGUCUCAACCACCUCGUCGAAUCACCGCAGUCUCCUCAGCGAGAAUGAACCCUUUAGCAUUUCCCGCGAGAGUUUUGACUCGUACAGGCGCUCAUUUGACAUAUCCGCCCGCUCCCCCGUAACAGACUGCGUCAGCGAAACCUACCCACGCCAAUCCCUCGAUGCACGCCGCUCAGUAGACACCCGCCGGUCACUCGACGCCCGCCGCUCACGCGCCACCCCCCGCUCCUCCAUGCAACAGGGCCGCCCCGACAGCCGCGACCAAGUGCCCGAGGAGCACUUCGAGGACGUGGGCCUCAACGACGAGCCCAAGCCACAAACCAAGAAACGCAGCCUCUUCUCCCGCUUCGGCGACAAUAAUAACCAUGCAAACGACGAGGUCAGGGAUCGGCCGACGUCGAGCCAUCAUUUCUCCUUGACGGGUCGUAAGAGGGCUGAAAGCGGGGCGGGGUCGGAACUCAAGCCCAUGCCCAGACCUGAGCUCGAGGUCCCUGUUGAGACGCGGUGA